AUAGAAACAGUACACUCCAUUGUCAUCACAAUUACAUUGCCCAAGCCAAACAAUAAUUUUAUUAUAUUUUGUUAAAAUUUGUGUUUUUAACAAUGCCUUUAACAGCAGAGAGUGCAGCUCAACAGAUUCAGGAUCGACUGAAAGAUAUUCAACAUCAUAUACACAAAGUCGACGAAGAGCGGCGACGGGCGGAAAAUUCUAUAUCAAAUUUAGUUCGAUCGCAAGUCACAAAUCCUAAGCUGAAAACCUUAUUAAAGGCUAGCAUGGUGGAUGCAACUCAAGAGGAGGCGACGAUUAGAUCAGCUUUGGCUAAAAUAAAUGACAUCCGAAACAUACGUAACGAAAGAAGAAUACAAGCUCGCAAUGCUGGCAACAAGGAAGCAAUCCGACGUGGAGCACUAAUGAAAAUGGUACAAUUAUCAGCACAGACAUUGCCUCUUUUUGUGAGCAGACCUAAUGAAAGGGCUCCAGCACUGUGUGGAGCUAUACCUGCAGAAUCCAAUUAUAUUUCCAAAGUGGGUGAUAAUGUGGCUGCCCUUGCCAAGGGAAUUGACGAGGAGGAAAAUUGGAUUUUAGCAGAGGUUGUUCAAUUUUUACACCGACAGAACAAAUACGAUGUGAUAGACAUUGAUGAGGAGCAAAAAGAUAGGCAUGUGCUGAGCAAACGAAAAGUAAUACCUUUGCCAUUGAUGCGGGCCAAUCCCGAGACAGACGGACAUGCUCUCUUUCCCAAGGACACUGUUGUUAUGGCACUAUAUCCGCAGACCACAUGUUUUUACAAGGCAAUCGUGCAUCGCUUGCCCCAGACAGCUACCGAAGAUUAUGAAGUGCUGUUUGAGGAUUCAUCAUAUAUGAAUGGAUAUGCGGAACCUCUGCCUGUGGCACAACGCUAUGUUAUAGCAUAUAGGCCCACUAAAAAAGGUGGUGGCGGUGGAGGCAGUGGUAGUGGCAAUUUAUCAUCCGCUUAGAAAACAUAAGAAAUCUCUGAAUAAAAUAUAUUCAACUAUA